GUUAAUAAAACCAAUUAACAAUCUGAACGGUGUCCACAGUAGACAAGACAUGCUACAAUAUUAAUAUUGUGUAAAUUAAUAAGCGACUUACAUGUUUUUCACUAUCAUGAUAUGUCUGUGUACAAGGCCCUGAGAAAUCCGUGCAUCCAAUUUUAUUCAUUUUUUUGGCACCGUAUUAUGUAAACAGUGACCUGAUUAUCCUUGCUAUAUACUGUGCAUUAAUUCUUAAUUCUGCUUUGUUUACCCUAAGAUGAGCUUGGAUUAAUGGUAUGUGGUUUACUAGAAAGAAGUUAUUCUUUCAGAUACAAUGUUUGGACACCACACCCUUUCAGACCCACUGGCUACAAUUGUGUACAUUAAUUUUUACUGUGUCUUAGCUGCAACAGAAAAAUGUUUCCUCAAUGUAAACCUCAUGUACACGUUUGUGAAAGUUCAAUCUUUUCAUUAUGCACCAAGUGCUGCCAUCUGUUGUGCAGCACUAUAAAAAUAUCAACAAGUGAAUGUGGCAGUGCACAGCAGCUUGCGCAGCUUGUGAUCUGCAGAAUACACGAUUGUGGUUGGUAAGUUAUAUUCCACUGUAUAAUUGAAUGUUAUUAUUGUUAUUUUGCAUGCAAAUUAUUAAAUGAUCAGUUUAUUUAUUACAACAGUGAAUAUUUCAAAACUAAUUAUUUUAGUCCAUAAAAAGAAGCAACGAUUUUCAGUGUACAAUCGUAACCAUGAGGUCUCAGGCAGUAUAGUAAACAAUAUGUGACAUAACCUAGAACUUUUGUGUUUACUUGAUGUGAAGUGCUUGUUGUAACUGUUUCUUUGUUAUCCUAACAAUUUUUAUGAGUUUUGAUUGGGAUUUCUUCAAAAUAGACAAGUCUGUUGUAUUACUGGUAAUUGUUAUAAAAUACAUUUUAUCAGAAAAAAAGGACAUCAAGUGGCGUCAUCGCCCAAUUUCUAUAUUGGAUUCAUAUUCUGAAUGGGAACAACAUAUUGAAGACCAGGAGUUGCUUUCUCCUUCAACUUAUUUCAGUAAGUACAUUCCUGAUGACCUCUUCUGCACUAUGGCUGAUAUGACAAACAUAUAUGCAUUGCAAAGUGGAGAGAUUAGCAAUUUCAAACAAACUACACCAGCAGAACUCAAAACAUUGUUUGGACUUCAUAUAAUUAUGGGAACUCUAAAAUUUCCCAGAGUUCGAAUGUUUUGGGACACGACAUUGAAAAUGCAAUUAUUCUUAGACAGUAUGUCCAGAGACAGGUUCUUCCAAGUGAGAACAAAUUUGCACCUUGUUAACAACAUGGAUAUACCAGCUGACAAUAAAGACAGGUUUUAUAAAGUUUGGCCUAUAUAUACUGCCCUGCGUAACAGAUGUCUAGAGUUACCUGCGGAGGAAGAGUUAGCAGUUGAUGAGGCAAUGAUCCCAUUUACAGGGCGGCUCUCUGUAAAACAGUAUGUGAAGGGCAAGCCAACUCCAUGGGGUAUCAAAAUGUACAUGUUAUGUGGUAAGAGUGGACAAGCUUAUGAUUUUAUUCUUUAUCAGGGAGCAUCAACUGAAUUUCAAGAAUCUUUGUUGAAGGCAUUUGGGCAAGGACCAACAGUAGUUUUACAGUUAGCCCAGAGAAUAAAACAAGAAAUGGGGCAUAAGAUAUAUUCUGAUAAUUUUUUUUCCUCAUACAAGCUUUUCCAAGCAUUGAAACAAGAAAACAUCUGUGCUGCUGGAACUGUCAGAGUCAACCGUUUUGCUAAUCCUCCUCUAAUGCCGGACAAGGAGGCACUGAAGAAGGAAAGAGGAUUUUCAGAAGAAAUUUGCAGCACAGAUGACAUAACACUGGUAAAAUGGGUUGACAACAAAACAGUUGUUCUAGGUUCAAAUUUUAUUGGGAAAGGAGAAACUGACAAAGUUGAAUGCUGGGACAAGAAACAAAAUAAAUAUGUUACUAUCAAUCGACCAGAGAUUGUAAAACUCUACAACCAUGGCAUGGGUGGAGUUGAUCUUUUUGAUCAAUUGAUGUCAUAUUACAGAAUUUUUAUAAAAUCCAAGAAAUGGACACUCAGAGCAAUUUUCCAUGCUGUUGAUUUUGCUGUGGUACAGAGUUGGCUGGAAUACAGGACAAGUGCCAGAGAAAUUGGUCUACCAACGAAGAAAAUAAUGGAUCUCCUACAUUUCCGUAUAAGACUGGCUGAUGUUCUGGUGUUAAGUGGGAAGGAUAUCCCCAAUAAAAAAAGAGGUCGACCAUCUGCCACACCUCCAGAUACUCCUGUUCAAAGGCUACGAGGAGAAACUAGGCCUCCUGAAGAGAUUCAGUACGACGGAGCACAACACUGGCCUCUUCAUGAAAAUGGUGCACUGCCUACUAGGUGCAAAUUUCCAGAAUGCAAGGGACGUUCGAGAGUAAAAUGUGAAAAAUGUAAUGUACGUCUUUGUUUGUCAAAGGAAAAGAACUGUUUCCGUUCAUUUCAUUUAAAUUAAAAGACAUUAUGAACAUAAUUCUCGACACAUUUUAUUGUUAACUAAAACAUGGUGAAUUUUAUAUCUAUUGUAUGUGUAAAAGAGUUCACAUUUAAAUGCACCAAAUAAAAAUAUUUUUUUUGUCUACAAUGAUUUCAGUGUUGAUUGAGACCCAGUGUACACAAUUGUGUACCAAGUAUAUUUUGAAAACGGGUACAUAUAUUUUUAUAAAUCUUGCUUCUAAAAUCAUUAAAAAAUCACCUAAGAGCAU